GGCACUACCAGUGUUGACGUGUGUUUCACUGGUUGUCGUGUCGCAUCGUCCAGCAGCUCCCGGAGAAGCCCCCGGACUCUAACAACUUUUCACGGACAUAUCGUGAACCUUAAGCGGCGUGUGGCUCCGCAACGGUGCGCGACUAUGUCCGGAGAAAUGUCCCUGUUCGGCUCGGUGCUCCUGGCCCUGCUGCUCGCCGGGUACCUGGGGCAGCAGUACCUACCGCCGCCGACGCCCAAGGUGAUCGGCCUGGACCUGGGCACCACCUUCUGCUCCGUGGGCGUCUUCCACCCGGGCGGCGGCGAGGUGGAGGUGAUCGCCGACGAGCAGGGCAGGAGGAGCAUCCCCAGCGCCGUCGCCUUCACCGCCGCCGCGGUGCUCGCCGGACACGACGCCGUGGACCGGGCCGACGCCAGCCCGCAGAACACCGUGUACGACGCCAAGCGGUUCAUCGGGAAGCUGUUCGAGCCCGAGGCGCUGGAGCGGGAUAGCGCCCGGUACCCGUUUAAGGUGAUCAACAACAACGGCAGCGCCGAGUUCCUCAUCUCCACCAACCGGACGUUCGCCGUGAGCCCGGAGUUCGUCGGCUCCCGGCUGCUGCUGCAGAUGAAGAAGAUGGCGGAGCGGCGGCUGGGCGUGGCCAUCCAGAGGGCCGUCAUCUCCGUGCCUGCGGAGUUCGACGAGCGGCAGAGGAACUACACCGUCAGGGCCGCCAACCUCGCCGGUCUGGAGAUCCUGCGCGUGAUCAACGAGCCCACGGCGGCCGCCAUGGCCUACGGGCUGCACAAGGUGGACGUGUUCAACGUGCUGGUGGUGGAUCUCGGGGGAGGAACCCUGGACGUGUCUCUGCUCAACAAGCAGGGAGGGAUGUUCCUCACCAGAGCCAUGGCAGGAAACAACAAGCUGGGAGGUCAAGACUUCAGCCAGCGGCUGCUGCAGUUCACCAUGGAGCGAGUGCGGCAGGAGUUCGGCGUCGCGCCCACUCUCAAAGAGGACGUGCACCGCCUGCGUCAGGCCGUGGAGGCCGCCAAGCUCAACCUCACCCUGCAGCCCAGCGCCACCAUCGAGGUGCCGCUGCACCUCCGCACCGCCGAGGGCCCCGAGUCCCCCGCCCCCGCUCCGGUCCUCUUCCGGGCGACGAUCGGCCGCGAGCUAUUCGAGGAGCUCAACGAGGACCUGUUCCAGAAGAUCCUGGCGCCCGUGGAGACGGUGCUGGCCGAGGGCCACCUGGCGAGAGAGGACGUGGACGAGAUCGUCCUGGUCGGAGGCUCCACCCGGAUCCCGAGGAUCAGGCGGCUGAUCGCAGAGUUCUUCGGGAAGGAGCCCAACACGUCGGUCGACCCCGACCUGGCCGUGGUCACGGGCGUGGCCAUCCAGGCGGGCAUCAUGGGCGGCUCCUGGCCGCUGCAAGUGAGCGCCAUCGAGAUCCCCAACAGACACCUGCGCAAGACGAACUUCAGCUGAUCUCUUCUUAGAUUUAUUGACGGGAUGCCGCAGAUUCCAGAACUGUCACGCCUCUCUAAGUAUUCUUAAAUGAAACUUGUGCCGAUCACACGGAGACGCCACGAGACAUUCAGGUUGUCCACCUGUCAUUUGAUCCCUCUUUGAUGUGACGACGUGGACAUUCCCUCUCCUCGUUCUCACGGCUGUCACAGCAGCUGACGGACGCUUCUCUUUGUUUUUGUGCAGAAACAAGACAACGAGAUUCCGACGGACGGAUCUUUAAUUAGACGCUCGUCUCGUCGCGGAUCUACGGAUCCCGUCGUUCGAUUCAGGGGAACAACCACUCGUUCAAAGACGCAGAUUCAAGCCAGUGCAUCGUCAGAUAUUUAUUUUAUUUAUUGUCAUUAAAACUGUGUGUGUGUGUGUGUGUGUGUGUGUGUGUGUGUAGUGAAGCUUGUGCCUUUUUCAGAAAGCUGCUAAACGGUUUGAACUGCUCGUCGGUACUGACCUGAUGGAAGAUCAGUGCAAAGACGUAGAGACGCACAAGUUCAACACAACAAACUGCUCACCUUGUUAAUAAGUGAAGAAUCCUAGCGGACGAGGGUGAACAUCAGGGAGAGACUCGUGCUGCGUUCAAUUACACCUCGCAUCUCGGAGCACGGAAGUCGAAUUCCGAGAUUAUACUGGAACGAUGAACCCGACUUCCGAGCUCCGAGGUAUAAUGGAACGCAGGGUAUAUGUUCACACGGUUCUGUCACCAUAAUUUAAUUUUUUCAGCAGCGAGACUCGCUGGACUGUUAUUGACAUUCGUUCUUAUGCUAAAAUCUUUAGCACCGAUUUGAACGAAGAUCAGCUGAUUGCAGCGAGAUGCAGCUCAGCUCUGCCGCACUUUAGAGAAACUUCCACUGUUUGUUGUGUGCGGUUGCUUUGCUUUGCGCUUUAUUUAAACACACACACGCACACUGAAGGUCAAAGUCGCAGAGGGACCGAAGCUCCUCUCCCUACUGCCUGGAGGAACAUUAGCUCCACCUGCUGUUUCUCUGCUGAACCACAGGCUGGUUAUUGAUUUUUCCAUUUCCUAUUUUCCAAAACUUACAUAUAAAAUUCCGGAAUCUGUUUCUCCUGAAGCAGACGGACCAGUGAGAGUAAAGUUUGUCCACCACAUUCCUUUAAAAUCACCAACGGUAUUUUCGUUUUUUCUUUUACUUGUCAUCCACGAGUAUAGAUGUAUUUAUUUAUUUUCAUAUGACGUAUCACUGAUCUGGAUGUAAGAGCCUCAGUUAAUUAUGCUGCUGUUUGCAUUUGAUACUUUACGAACACUUUCAGUCCCUUAAGAAAAAGGGAGAGAAGAAAAUUAAGUUGAGACCAAGAUUUAUUUUUGUAUUGUAAGUUUUACUCAUUGUCAGAGUGAAGCUACCUUGUGAAUUUGCUAUGACCAAUUAAAAUUGCAUUUGUCACGUC